AAAAAGCAGCAACAAAUUUGUGAGAGUUCAAUUAACAUUUCUAUCUCAACUUUGUGAGAUGGAGACUUGAGCUCCAAACUGUUUGUUGUUGGAACAAAAAUAAAACCCCUUCAGAAGAAGUUUUUCUAGCUAAUUCUUCUUAGCUUCUCAUACACAGCACAAAAUUACAACAAUGGUUUUCAGUGGAACUACAGAGAAAUGCAAGGCUUGCGAUAAGACUGUUCAUUUCAUUGAAAUGAUUACAGCCGAUGGAAUUCCUUAUCACAAGACAUGCUUCAAGUGCAAGCACUGCAAUGGACUUCUUGUGAUGAGCAGCUAUUCCUCAAUGGAUGGGGUCUUGUACUGCAAACCUCACUUUGAGCAAUUAUUCAAGGAGAAUGGGAAUUAUAAUAACAAAUAUUCAUCAUCUGGAGAAAAGAAAACUGCACAGUCAAAGGCUCCAACCAAAUUUUCCUCCAUGUUCAGUGGCACUCAAGACAAGUGUGCACGCUGUCAUAAAACUGCAUACCCAUUAGAGAAGGUGAGUGUGGAAGGAGAGUCGUAUCACAAGACAUGCUUCAGAUGCUCCCAUGGGGGUUGCUAUCUCACAACCUCAUCCUAUGCUGCUCUAGAUGGCGUUCUUUACUGCAAACCCCACUUUGCUCAGUUGUUCAAAGAGAAGGGCUCCUACAAUCAUAUAAAAGUGAAGCAACAUGAGGCAGAGGCAACAGAAGAGACAGAGAAACCUGGAGGGGAAGAAGAAACCAAAGCAACGCCUGCGCCAGAGCCAGAAACUGAGGAAGUUGCUGCACAAGACCAAUCAUAAUCUAUAUGAAUUGAAUUUUCACAAUAUUAGCUCCAUGUCAACCAUGAACAUUUUUGUUUGGGUAAAAUUAGGGGCAAGGUGAAGGAGUUAUAUUGAAUUAAUUAAUUUGUUAUGAGAAGGGUAUUCAAAAUGUUAGUGCACGUUGAUCCGAUAGUGUUGCAGGGGAUCUGCCUGCACCAGGACCUAUUCUUUGUUUUAUGAUUUUUGCAUUGCUGAGUGUGAAUUUGCACUUAACUGAAAUAAGAAAUUUUUAGUUUC